CCUUGAGAAAGCUACUAGAAUUGGCGUGGUUGAUGAGCGCACCUUCUGCAGACGCACUCUCUGCGAGGACCACCCCGAGCGGCACCGGCGCGUUCCGCUUUCGGAUUCCGAAAGGACCGAGCUCCACGUCGCUGGACUCGUUGGCCGUUUUCAGGUCUGAAGUUCGUUGCGGAGCCGAGAGGGCAGGACACCGGCAUGGCGAAAAGCACGGCCAUUGGCAUCGAUCUGGGCACCACCUACUCCUGCGUGGGGGUGUUCCAGCACGGCAAAGUAGAGAUUAUCGCCAACGAUCAGGGCAACCGCACCACCCCCAGCUACGUGGCCUUCACGGACACCGAGCGGCUCAUCGGCGACGCGGCCAAAAACCAGGUGGCGCUGAACCCACAGAACACCGUGUUUGACGCGAAGCGGCUGAUCGGCCGCAAAUUUGGCGACCCUGUGGUGCAGUCGGACAUGAAGCACUGGCCCUUCCGGGUGAUCAACGACGGUGACAAGCCCAAGGUGCAGGUGAGCUACAAGGGGGAGACCAAGGCGUUCUACCCCGAGGAGAUCUCGUCGAUGGUGCUGACCAAGAUGAAGGAGAUCGCCGAGGCGUACCUGGGCCACCCGGUAAGCAACGCGGUGAUCACUGUGCCGGCCUACUUCAACGACUCGCAGCGCCAGGCCACCAAGGAUGCCGGGGUGAUCGCGGGGCUGAACGUGCUGAGGAUCAUCAACGAGCCCACGGCUGCCGCCAUCGCCUACGGCCUGGACCGGACGGGCAAGGGGGAGCGCAACGUGCUCAUCUUUGACCUGGGCGGGGGCACGUUCGACGUGUCCAUCCUGACGAUCGACGACGGCAUCUUCGAGGUGAAGGCCACGGCCGGGGACACCCACCUGGGUGGGGAGGACUUCGACAACAGGCUGGUGAACCACUUCGUGGAGGAGUUCAAGAGGAAGCACAAGAAGGACAUCAGCCAGAACAAGCGGGCCGUGAGGCGACUGCGCACCGCCUGCGAGAGGGCCAAGAGGACCCUGUCGUCCAGCACUCAGGCCAGCCUGGAGAUCGAUUCCCUGUUCGAGGGCAUCGACUUCUACACGUCCAUCACCAGGGCGCGGUUCGAAGAGCUGUGCUCGGACCUGUUCCGGAGCACCCUGGAGCCCGUGGAGAAGGCUCUGCGCGACGCCAAGCUGGACAAGGCUCAGAUCCACGACCUGGUCCUGGUGGGGGGCUCCACCCGCAUCCCCAAGGUGCAGAAGCUGCUGCAGGACUUCUUCAACGGGCGCGACCUCAACAAGAGCAUCAACCCCGACGAGGCGGUGGCCUAUGGGGCGGCGGUGCAGGCAGCCAUCCUGAUGGGAGACAAGUCUGAGAACGUGCAGGACCUGCUGCUGCUGGACGUGGCGCCCCUGUCGCUGGGGCUGGAGACGGCUGGGGGCGUGAUGACUGCCCUGAUCAAGCGCAACUCCACCAUCCCCACCAAGCAGACGCAGAUCUUCACCACCUAUUCGGACAACCAGCCCGGCGUGCUGAUCCAGGUGUAUGAGGGCGAGAGGGCCAUGACGCGGGACAACAACCUGCUGGGGCGCUUCGAGCUGAGCGGCAUCCCACCGGCGCCCAGGGGAGUGCCCCAGAUCGAGGUGACCUUCGACAUCGACGCCAAUGGCAUCCUGAACGUCACGGCCAUGGACAAGAGCACGGGCAAGGCCAACAAGAUCACCAUCACCAACGACAAGGGCCGGCUGAGCAAGGAGGAGAUCGAGCGCAUGGUGCAGGAGGCGGAGAAGUACAAAGCCGAGGACGAGGUCCAGCGCGAGAGGGUGUCUGCCAAAAACGCCCUGGAGUCGUACGCCUUCAACAUGAAGAGCGCCGUGGAGGAUGAGGGGCUGAAGGGCAAGAUCAGCGAGGCCGACAAGAAGAAGGUGCUGGACAAGUGCCAGGAGGUGAUUUCCUGGCUGGACGCCAACACCUUGGCCGAGAAGGACGAGUUUGAGCACAAGAGGAAGGAGCUGGAGCAGGUGUGUAACCCCAUCAUCAGCGGACUGUACCAGGGGGCGGGUGGCCCCGGGGCUGGCGGCUUUGGGGCCCAGGCCCCUAAAGGGGGCUCUGGGUCUGGCCCCACCAUUGAGGAGGUGGAUUAGGGGACUUACUAUUGUUUCUCUGUAUUCCUUUUUGAGACAGAGGAGACCCAAGGACCUUGGUUAUUUCCCUGUAUGUUAGUCCUCUAGUAUAGCAGUUCAUUCUAUGGUUGGCUUUUAACCUCUAAUAAUUAGCUUGCUUGUCUUUGUUAUUUCUGUAUGUUAUAACCAGUUCUGGUGUUCACCAGAAUUAUUUGCGUUUCAUGUAAGUUGGUAGUGUUAGGGUCGCUUUCCUUUUUUUUUCCCUCUCUCAAAUGGAUUAACACUGCCACCUUCUGUCCUAUUUUUUGCUUUGUAAACAUACCAAAACUUAUGGAAUUAAAAAUUUGCAUGCUUAAGGAAUAAGAAUAAAAUGUUAAAUAUGUAUGUCUGCUUUUACUUGGAGAGGGAUAAUAGUCUCUUCUCUGAAAUCCAUAGACCAUGAAAGGGCUGUACUUCUGAAGAGAGUAUCAUACGUAUUUGAAACCGUGGGUAUGGCUGUUUUUGUUGGGACUUUAUUGUAAGUGGUAAAUCACAUCCAUGACAGAAAACAAAUUCCAAGUGCCCAUUUUGAUUGGGGUGGGGUUUGUUUUAGGUACAAGUAGGGAUGGGAGCCGCAGUAGGGUUUUGGGGAGGAGAGAUUGUUGUGGUGUCAAAGGCAGUGUUGAGAUGGGUUCGUGGUUCCCUAGGGUCUUGCACUCACUGUGUGCAGAGCUGUUCAUUUCUUACUAGACCUGUGAGUCUUCCAGUCUUUUAUUUAAGUUAUGAAUUUAGGGGUGGACAAAACAGUAAAAAUGAGAUGCAGAUUCAUACUCUGGUUUAUAAAUCCCACUUGAGUGACUUAGUGCAAAUUAUUUAGCCUCUUAGUUUUGGUUGCCUCCUUUCAAAAUAAAGCAUUUGUCUGA